CCGCCUCUCUCUACAAAAUCUCUUUCUUCUUCUUCUUCUUCGCUUUGAAGGGUGGGUGGGUAGGGUUGUGGAAAUUAGAGGAAUGGGUUCGUGUGGUUCGGUGCACAAAGGCCAACAAACACAUAUGAAGGGACGCCAUGUGAUCGGCUCCAAACUUGUCAAUCCAUCUCCCCUCACACUCCAAAUCACCGCCGUUGACCACUCUAAGCUCUCCGCCCAUCCGCCGUCACCUCUUCCACAGCCCGCUCCUUCACUUGACUUUGGCAGCAAGGAAGAAGCAUUUUUUGAUUCCCAGCUGUAUUUGGAGUCUGAUUGUGAGGAUUAUGACUUCCGCAGUGUUAAAGGAGUGCUUACCAUGGCUGAUCCGGAAACUUAUGAUCCAUCAAAAGAUCCUAGCAGAAAACCCAAAUCGGAUGAUCCCGGAUGGGAAUUUGGUUUUUGGCCGGACAAGAAUAACCGGGACUUGGUAGAAUGCGCACUUUGUGGAAGACAAGUUCAUUCCGGAGUUAAACGGUUGAAGCAACACUUAGUUGGCGGUUACGGGGAUGUUGAAAAAUGCGCAAAGACAACUGCAGAAAUAAGAACUAAGAUAGGCAAUUAUAUGAAGAGCAAAAUGAAGAAUAAAAUGCCAGUGCCUGUUGAAUUGGAUGAUGAAGAUGAUGAAUUGGACGAGGAUCAUGUGACACAAGUAUCAUCUCGUGCUUCUUCUAUCCAUCCAGUUCCUAGUUCUGGAACAGCCAUAAAAAGGAAGCGUGUAGCGCAGGCCACUCUAAAAUUUCAGCAUUCACUACCAAAAUCAGGUAAACCAACUAAUUCUGUUGCUUCAAUGAUCAGAAAGUCACCUGAAGAAGUGAUAGAAGAAAGGCAUUCUCAGGGGAAGAGUCAACAGACUCUUGAGGGUUGUACUAGAUCCAAAGAAGAGGUCAAGAAAGUUCAUGGGCACAUUGCUGAUUUUUUCUAUGAGAAUGGCAUACCGUUCAAUGCUGCAAACUCAAGAAGCUAUGAAAUUAUGAUUGAGUCAAUCGGGCAGUUUGGCCCCGGACUGAAACCUCCGAGUUAUCAUGAAUUAAGGGUGCCUCUUCUGGAGGAAGCUGUGAAGGAUACAGAAAAGUUGAAGGAGAACCAUGAAAUUGCUUGGAAGCAAUAUGGAUGUACACUCAUGUCGGAUGGAUGGUCCGAUAAAAGGAGUCGACAUUUGGUAAAUUUUCUCGUUAAUAGUCCAGAAGGGACUUUCUUCUUAGAGUCGAUUGAUGCUUCGCAUGAGUCACAGGAUGCAAGUCUGUUAGCAUCAUUGCUUGAGAAACAGAUUCAAAAGAUUGGCAAAGAGAAUGUCAUUCAAGUAGUGACAGAUAAUGGAGCAAACUACAAAGCCGCUGGGAAGCUACUGGAGCAGCGUAUACCCACACUUUCUUGGACUCCUUGUGCGGCUCACUGCCUAGAUCUUAUGAUGGAGGAUAUUGGGAAACUCGUUGAGUUUAAGCCCUGGAUUGAUAGUGCAAGACGUUGCACCACUUUUAUUUAUAGGCACACAAGGAUUCUAAGCGCAAUGCGGGAGAGAACUGGUGGAAGAGAUCUAGUGAGGGCUGGUGUUACACGGUUUGCCACAGCAUUUCUCACUUUGCAAAGUUUGUGCAAGUAUAGAGAACCUUUGAGGAACUUGUUUGUGAGUCAAGAUUGGAAUAAUUCGAAGUUGUCAAGUACAGCAGUGGGGCAAAGGGUAUGUGACACUAUUCUUGCUACUAAAUUUUGGAAUGGGGUGGAGGAUACCUUGAGAGCAUGUCAUCCACUUCUUGUUGUUCUAAGGAUAGUUGAUGGGGAUGAGCACCCGGCUAUGCCUGAGCUUGCCAUGGCUAUGAGAGAAGCUAAGAAAAAAAUAAAUGAGUCGUUUGCAGGUAGGCCCAGAGUGUUGAAAAAGCUAAUGAAGAUUUUUGAGGAUCGCUGGGCAGAUCAAAUGGAAGUAAAGUUGUAUGGGGCUGCUUUAUUUCUCAACCCAUCUAAGUAUUUUGACUUGAAGAGGACUGAUACUGCAUAUGCUUAUGAGCAACGAGCGUUGUUCAAUGAUGUGGUUUACAAGAUGAUUGGUGAUGAUGAGUUGGAGUGCAAGAUUAGCAAACAAGUUGAUGAUUAUGAUUUCUUGCGAGGAGGAUUUGCAAAGCCAUUGCCAAUCAAACAUCAAAAAACCAAGGCGCCUCUCAAUUGGUGGAAUGCUUUUGGUGGCCAUGCUUUGGAGCUACAAUCACUUGCAUUACGCAUAAUAGGCCUUUGUUGUUCUUCUUCGGGUUGCGAACGCAAUUGGAGUACGUUUGAAUUUAUCCACACCAAGAAAAGAAAUAGGUUGGAGCAUAAGAGACUGAAUGAUUUGGUGUUCAUUCAGUACAAUAGGAAGAUUGUCAACAGGUUCAAAAAGAGGCGUGAAGAAGGAAGUAGUUUCAACCCUUUGGUUUUAGAAGAGUUUUCUUGGGAUAAUGAGUGGGUUGAUGAUUCUGGUAGUCAAGUAGUUCACCAUGGGGAUGAUCUUUUAUGGGAUGAAGUUGAUGAAGCUCUUGGUGCUUCAAGAAAUCUAGAUCGCCGUAAUCCUAGGAGAGGUGAUGGUGGUGAACCUUCAAGUUCAGUUAGGGUUUAUUCUCGGCGUCGUAAUGAUGAUACAGAUGUUGAAGAGAAUGGUCAAGAGAGUGAACCAUUUCCAAAUGAUGAUUUAGACGUCGAUGAUGAGGAUCAGGAUGCCAUGGAUAUCAUUCAUAACAACCAAGCUGACUCUAGAUUUGACGAUUUCCUUGAUGAUGUUUAAGUCUUUUUAUGUUGGAUUAUGUUAUUGACUUAUUUCUAUUUUCUAGUUUUUGGAUUAUGGAUAAUGUUUGUGGUUGUUUUGAUGAACUAUAUGCUUAUGGUUAUGGUCUUAUGGAUUAUGUUAUUUCUAUGAUUA